AUAGUGAGAAUAAUUUAAUCGAACAUACCUCUUAUUUCUUUGGUUCGAGAAAAUUAGGUCGUGUAGCUGUUUACAAUGUUUUGUUAUCAGUUCUUCUAAUUUAUCUACAGAUAACUAUUUUAUCUUUAUAUAAAACUUCAUUUAUCUCUUUAUAUAAAAAAGAUAUAUGUGGCCCGAUAGCCAAACCUGAAAAAACAGAUUAUGCGCAAAGUCUAUUAUAAAUUUCUGAUGCUAGAAAGACAACAGAUUGCUAACAGAUUCUGUAAUAUCUGACAAUAUUGGCAAACCGCUGCCAGAAAUCUGACAAAAUCUGUUGGUAUUCUAUGCUAGCAGAUUGGCAGAAAUCGAGCAGAUCCUGCUGCAGGCUACUAUCAGAUUGGUGACAGAAAGCGAGCAGAAUCUGCGCGAUACAAUUUGAUGGCAAGAUCUGCUCAAUUUCUGCUGAUACAGAAUGUCAACAAUUUCUGCUGCCAGUCUGUCAAACAGAAUGUAUUUACUGAUGGGAGAACGAAUAAAUUGGUAGGAGUAUGGUACCCGGAACAUUAUAAAGAUAUGGUUUUGAUUAGAAUUUAUGGCAAUAAUUCGGACUUAUUAAUUGACAGAAAAAGUGAGAUAAAAAAUAUUCGGAUAUUGAACAAGGCUGGCUAUACUCAUUGUAUUUAUGCUACAUUUAACAAUGGAUUUGCGUAUGAAUUCCUAGAAGGUGAAACUUUAACCACUGAAACAGUAAGAAGUCCAAAAGUAUAUCCAUUAAUCGCAAAACGCAUGGCCGAAAUGCAUAUGAUCGAGUUUGAACAUGAGGCUGUAUCAAAAGAAGCUUUUAUUUGGAAAAAAACGAAGAAUUUUAUGCAAAUUAUGCCCAAAAGAUUUUCCGAUUCCCUCAAGCAAGCAAAGUUUGAAACAUUGAUACCGUCAUAUACAACGUUAGAGGAAGAAUAUCAGAUAUUGAAAAAUACGCUUUCCAAAGUGAAUAGUCCUAUAGUAUUUGCUCACAAUGAUCUUCUAUUAGGAAAUGUACUGUAUAAUAAAAAACAAGAGAGUGUCGUAUUUAUCGAUUAUGAGUACACUGCAUUCAAUUAUCAAGCAUUUGAUAUAGUUAAUCAUUUUACGGAAUUUGCCGGUUUUGACAAUCCGGAUUAUUCUUUAUAUCCGGAUGAAAAUUUUCAAAAACUAUGGUUGAAAGAAUAUUUACAAACAUAUAACGCAACAUCUAAUGUAUCUGAAAAAGAUGUUGACAAAUUAUAUUGGCAAGUUACUAAAUUUACUCCUAUGCCACAUUUUCUUUGGGGUUGUUGGGCCCUUAUCCAAAGCGAACAUUCGCAUAUCGAGUUUGAUUUUUUAGCAUAUGCUGCAAUACGUUUCAACGAAUAUUUCAGAUGGAAAAAAAAUCUUUGAAGCUGAAAACAAAAUACGAAAA